AUGUUCGAUGAGCAGAAGGAACUCUCUGAGCGUUAUGUGAAAUUCAACGUGCAAGAACUAAUGAAGGCUGCUAUCAAUGUCUGCGAAGGAGCAACAAACUGUGGAAUCACUAAGUGCGCCGAGGGUUUUUCCAACAAAGGGUUUAUCUUGACCAUGGAUAACGGAUCUGAAGUUUUUGCUAAGAUCCCAAACCUCAUCGCCGGUCCUGCUCGUCUCACCAUCGCUUCUGAAGUUGUUACGCGAGAGCUGCUCCGUGACGUGUUCAAGAUACCCGUACCUCGAGUCCUCGCAUGGUCGUCUGACCCUAAUAACCCUGUCGAAGCCGAGUAUAUUAUCGAAGAAAGGGCAACCGGCCGGAAGUUACAGUCGAUUGAUCAGGUGGUUGAUAUGGAAAACAGAUUAACGGGCAUUACCUUCGAUAGUCAUGGGUGCAUUUACUUCAUGGAGGACCUGCGCACAUUGAUUGAUGAGACUGGGGUUGACAUCGCCCCUCUUGGUCCGGGAUCCCUCAAACACUUCUCUCUGGGGCCCCUCACCAGCCGUGAACUGUGGGAGGGUGCUAGGAGAGACAUGAAACUGGAUCGCGGACCUUUGGCACCUUAUCUAGUCCCCGGAUCAACUGACAGGCUCGCAUCGGCUAAUGUUCUUUGGCACCCUGAUCUCCAUUUGGAGAAUAUCUUCGUCGAUUCAGUCACAGGUAAGAUCACCGGUAUUGUGGACUGGCAAUUAGCAUGUGUCACACCUAUGUUCUACCAAUCUGAUGUGCCGCGGCUGUGCCAACAUUUUGGGACUGUCUGGGAAGGCUGA